AUGAGAGAUUAUAAAACUGCCUCCGAAGAAUUGAUGAGAACAAAUACAGAACUCGACAAAAAACAAGACGAAUGCGACAAACUUGAAGAUGAUAUAAGAAGAAUAUGCAGACAAACUCAGAGAA